AUGACUUCCUUUAAACUUUUAUGUGUGUUUGUGCUUUUCGGUGCUUGUUUAGCUCAACCAGCAAAACAAAAUAUUUUCAAAGAAAUGCCGGUCAGUGAUCUAGCAAAAGAAAUGAAAGCAUCAUGUGAUGGAAACGAUGCUAUUGCUUGUAUGAAAUUUAAAGUUAUGAGCUUUUUGGAUAUGCUAUUCAAGAAAGACAACUUCCAAGUUUCUGAAAAUGUAGAAAUUAGCAGAAAUAGCUACAGCGCAAAUGAAGUUGAUGGACGAUCAGAUGGUUCCUUCUUAGAUUCAGUUGAAAAAUAUCUGAAAGGACAUGAUGUAUCUUUCAAAAUGCCAUUCGGAGAAUCUAAAGUCAAAAUCUCACCAAGAAAUUUGGACAACGAUGAACUUGAUAUUUCUGUCAAAUUCGAAGAUGAUGUCAAUGAAGCUAAGAGCAGCACAAGAAAAUCCAAAUUGAAGAAAAUUGUUUUACCAAUCUUGGUCUUCAUCAUGCUUAAGGCUUUGACCCUCAUCCCCUUGGCUUUGGGUGUACUCAGCAUCAAAGCAUGGAACGCACUCCAGCUGUCUUUCUUCUCAUUUGUUGUAUCUCUGGCCAUGGCAGUAUUCCAAUUGUGUAAAAAGAUUGCUUCUGACCACCAUGCUCCACAAAUCGCUGCCCACGGCCCAUGGGACCAACAGUACGCCCGUUCUCUCGGCUGGUCAGCUCCUGCUGAACCCAAGAUCGAUGCCCAGAACUUGGCUUACAACGCAUAUGCAUAAGAAGCUUCAUCGAAGUGCUGCAGCCAU